GCAACAAUGCAAAUGAAAACAUUUUGAGGUUAAAGUUCAUUACAGCUUGUUAACCUAAGCAACUAUUUGUGAUUAACGGUACGCGGAUUAAUUAUGUUGAAAACAAUAGCAAAAAGGUGUUUUUCCUGUGGAAAGCUGAAAGCCCCCAAAGUGUGUAUAGUGGGGGCGGGUCCAGCAGGCUUUUAUGCCGCUCAACAUCUACAUAAAAAACUAGUUGGAGCUGAGAUUGAUAUUAUUGAAAGACUUCCAGUGCCCUUUGGAUUAGUACGCUUUGGCGUGGCACCAGACCAUCCAGAAGUAAAGAAUGUAAUUCACACGUUCACCAAAACCGCAGAAGCCCCAAAUGUGAAAUUCCACGGCAAUAUUGCGCUGGGACAAAACGUUUCCCUUGACGAGCUUAGGCGAUGCUACAAUAUAGUUUUACUGACUUAUGGGGCUGAAGAAAAUCGACAACUGAACAUCCCAGGAGAAACACUGGGCAACGUAAUCACCGCAAAAAAAAUCGUCGGUUGGUACAACGGGGUUCCAUCUGACCGAAACCUCCAGAUCGACUUAAGCGGCGAUACUGUAGCCAUCAUUGGGCAAGGAAACGUCGCUGUGGAUGUAGCGCGAAUGUUGCUGUCGCCUCCAGACCAACUAAAGAACACAGAUAUAACUGAGUAUUCUCUAAGCCAUUUGUCUCAAUCUAAAGUGCAAACAGUCCAUUUGAUAGGGAGAAGAGGGCCCCUGCAGGCUGCUUACACCAUUAAAGAGCUUAGGGAAAUGUUGAAGCUGAAAAACUGCCGAACAGUGUGGCGCAAAGACGAUUUCCAAGCGAUUCCCAGGGAUAUCGUAGAUACACUUCCCAGGCCAAAGAAAAGAAUUACUGAAUUAAUGCUCGAGUCGGUUGAAACAGGCAGUAACGGCGAUCCAUCAGAAAAAGUGUUUAACCCGAUGUUUUUGCGGUCACCUUUGGAGGUUUUAGGAAAAAGCACAGUUGAAAAGCUGGUGUUGUGUAAAAAUAGACUAACAGGCCAGGACUAUACUAAACAAGUGGCCGUUGCAACAGAUUCUACAGAGAUUCUUGAUUGCAGCAUGGUUAUACCCAGCAUAGGAUAUCACAGUAAACAGGCCGAUCCAAACAUUCCGUUUGACGCCAACAUAGGCAGAGUGAACAACGCAAGAGGCAAAAUUGAUACUGGGUUGUACACAUCAGGCUGGUUAGCUACUGGCCCUGUGGGCGUGAUAUUAUUCACAAUGUCCAACGCUUUUGGCGUAGCUGAGCUAAUCAUUGAAGACAUCGCAAAGGAGAAUAUCCUCCAAGAACCCAAGGCAGGAUUCGAGGAGCUGAAGACGAUCCUGGACGCAAGACAUAUACAAAUUGUGGAGUGGGAGGACUGGAAGAAAAUUGAUGAAUAUGAAGUGAAGCAGGGCGCACAAGUGGGCAAGCCCAGGGAGAAAGUUGUGGAUAUACAACAGAUGCUUGAAAUAGCUGCUUAGGUGUUAAAUUUUAAUAUGGAACUCAACAUUUUUUUGUAUUAAAGCGCUAAAUGAGUGA